AUGGCUAUCGUCCACUUCACGCUGAACCAAGCCAAGAACAGCAAUUCACCCAUCACGAUUGACAAUACGGAGGUCGUUCCUGCGAAAAUGGUCAAGAUCCUGGCAGUGUACUCUUCGACCAUAUCGGCAGCACUUAGGGAACACGUCACUCAUGCGGCGGCUAAAGGCCGGAGGAUUGGGUACGCUAUUCGGCGCCUGGACUAG